CCGACUGCGGCGUCUCCGCGCGUCUCCGUGCGCCUGAGGUCGCUGUUCAGAGCGUCACCUCUCCUUCCUCUCUUUCGAUUUUGGAGUGAAAAUGGAGAAACACUGCACGGACUCACAAGUCAAAGGCGUCAGCACAGGGACCACCAUCCUGGCUGCCACUUUUGAUGGAGGGGUCGUGAUUGGGUCAGAUUCCCGGGCAUCCAUUGGAGGCGAAUAUGUAUCAUCGAAGACAAUCAACAAGGUGAUUCAGGUUCAUGACCGGAUCUUCUGCUGCAUGGCUGGCUCACUCGCAGAUGCUCAGGCCGUCACCAAGGCGGCAAAGUUCCACCUGUCCUUCCACAGUGUCCAGAUGGAGACCCCUCCUCUGGUGAUAUCAGCAGCAUCGGUGCUGAAAGAACUGUGUUACAAAAACAAAGAUGAGCUACAGGCCGGCUUCAUCACAGCAGGCUGGGACAGGAAGAAGGGACCACAGGUGUACGUAGUGUCUCUAGGUGGGAUGUUAAUCAGUCAGCCGGUUACCAUCGGUGGCUCAGGCAGUACUUACAUCUACGGCUACGUUGACGCCAAAUACAAACCCAACAUGAGCAGAGAGGAAUGCCUACAGUUCGCCACUAAUGCUCUAGCUCUGGCCAUGGGCAGAGACAACGUCAGCGGGGGCGUGGCUCACCUGGUGGUGAUCACGGAAAAGGGGGUGGAGCAUGUGGUUGUCCCUGGUGACAAGCUGCCCAAGUUCCAUGAUGAGUGACUACCUUUGAGCGACCAAUGAAAUUAGGAUUUUUUUUAUUUUAUUUUGCAUAAUUUUGCAUUGAACAAUUGUAUCACUAAUUUGCUCUGUGUAGGAAGUAACAAAUCACACACACACACACACACACACACACACCUGGAAAACAAGUCAGACACCUGAAGAACUGGUUAGUUGCCUGGUAAUGAAAAACGUGAAUCUUAUGUGGAAACAGACAGUGGUGUAAACACAAUUGAGCUUCAUUAUAUGAUUCAGGUUUGUUUAUACAAAAUCUAUACACCAAUAUAAAUUCCAAACUCAACUCUUUGAACAUCUUUCUGCCUUUUUAUGUGUCCAAAUCACAUGUUUUAUUAAUGCGAGGGGAAAAAAGAGAAUAAAACAAUUUCCAAAACC